AUGGGUCCAGUCAAGUAUCUUCAUUUUGGCGGGUCAUCGUACGGCGUGGACAUGCGCGCUGAGGUUGGACUACUGAGCAGAAAUAUCCUGAUUAAGGGAGAAAUGGAGCCAAGCUGUUAUGGGGAAAAUUUCUGCCAGUUCUUCGACUACGACACAUUUGGUGGUCACUUGAGGGUCCUCAAAGGUUUUAAAUCAGUCCAUCUGUCAGGAAUAGAAGUGUAUAAUAUGGGUCAGCAGAUCCUUGGGAGUUAUCCAAUCCAUUUCCACAUCUGUGGUGACGUCGACGAACUCGGUGGAUACACCAAUCCUACUUGGGUUAAAGACCUGUCCAUCCAUCACUGCUUCAGUCGCUGUGUCACAAUCCAUGCUACAAAUGGUUUAUUGGUUCACAGUGUCGUUGGUUACGAUACACUGGGACAUUGCUUCUUCCUGGAGGACGGCAAUGAACAAAGGAAUACUCUGGACCAUAACCUGGGUCUCCUCACCAAACCAGGCACCCUCCUCCCGUCUGAUAGGGACACCAACAUGUGUGAGAAUAUGUUGGACAACGUGAUCCCAGGAUAUAAACCUUCAUCUGGUGAAUGCAACGGGGUCUCCACAUUCUGGAUAGCCCAUCCAAACAACACGUUCACCAACAAUGCAGCUGCGGGCUCAGACAGCACAGCUUACUGGUUUGCGUUCUACAGAGAACCAACUGGCCCAUCUGCGGGGACCCUCCCCGAACGCCAUGGCGAGAGGACGGCAAUUAAGAAGUUUUAUAACAACAGAGCCCAUUCUAAUCCCAGGAGGGCCGCACUAAUGCUGGAUGACGGGGUAAAAAUAACACAGUCAACCGAGAGUGACCCGGCUGAAUAUUUGUCAAUCCAGGCAUCGGCAAGACACGCUCCCCACGUGGACGCUGACACUGAUAAGCCCAGGGCCACCUCUUUAAUAGAGCGCUUCACGGCGUUCAAGGCAGCAAACUGGGGGAUAUGGGCUCGUGGUGGUGAUAUUACCAUAAAAGACUCUUGGUUUGCUGACGUCACGGAAGGCAUCAUUUUAGCAAGUGAAGGAAGAACCCCAUUUGACCCCGGCAGUCAUCAGGAAGUCAUAAAUACCGUCUUUGUCGGCGAAAGUGAGAACAGAGGAACGAAAAAUCUGGGAACAGACAAUCCAAACUGGGCAGAAGGCUUUGACGGAAAGAUGCGAAAUUUUCCAAACAAAAAAGUAGAACCCCGGAGGGGCAUGGUUGUUUACGACGGUCCCAUCUCCGUAGAAAGAUGCCAGUUUAAGCGCUACGUGAGCCAGUACAACAAAGCCACAGCAGCCAUUGGGUUCCUCCUCGAAAACAAGUUCCAGAUUGCUCCAACAAGCAGGUUCAUUGAGGCAUCGUUUGACGACGUGACUCGCCGUGCAUGGCUUCAUCGCAUCCCAACUGGCUAUAUUUCCACUAAACCAGAUGGAGAUGGCGACAAAACUCAGAUUUUCCACGACGCGGACGGCUCCGUUAGUGGUUAUACAGACUCUUACGUCAUUCGAGCAGACAACUAUCUUCUCCGCCAUGAUGGGUGUGUAGAAAAACCCGAAUGGAAUUGCGUAGUCUGUAAAGGAUCAUAUUCACAGAUGUGGGUAAUACCGAUAAGCGAUAACCUUAUAAUGAGCAUGACUCGUACGGACCACCCAGACAAGCCUCUUGAAUUGGAGAAUCAAUCAGGAGGCACCAGCGCUAGUAAAUGGAAAAAAUAUCAGCCGUCCAUGUUAAUAGGACAAACCUAUAUCAUCCACUGGAGCGAUACUGCGCCUGAAACCAUUUCUCUUCACCUUAUGAAUUUCAACAGGUGGUCUAUAUCCUACUAA